AUGUCACGUUCCGGGGUGCCUUUUGUAGACGAACUCUCCGCCCCUCAGGAUGAUUUACAUUUUAAUGUACCCGAGUUAUUGAUCCAACCUCCUACGCCAAGAUUGCCUUCAGACGCGAUAGCUGUACCUUGGAGUACUUCAAGACAUUUGAGCGUUGGCUCCCUUCCUACAAUGCAUACGAGUCAAUCAGCACCAACAGCAACUUAUCUGGCCGAUCAGCCACUAACUCGUGAUAGACGAUCACGAUCACAAUCCGUUCCGUUGAGUCUAAACGUUGUGGCAUAUACGAAGAAACUUGUGAACGUGAGUGAUAUAUUCGAGGCAAAGAAUCAAGCGGUUAAAAUGCGAGGAAAGGAACGUUCAAGGACAUUGAGUGGCAGUGAAUUGUCUCGAACUGACUCGCAUCCUAGAAGACAUAGUGACUUAGUCGAGCAAUGGAUGAAGGAACGCGAUGUGUUUUCGCCGAAAAUUGGCUCUCCGGUGUAA